AUGUCCGUGCCUACGGUGAAACGGGCCUUUGGCUCAAUUCCGAAACAAAGAACCCUUCAGUCCGUUCGAGGGUUAUUACAAAUUCAGAUUCUCACCCAUUUACUGCGGAUCGCCAUCUCGAUCGCCUUUCUCCCGCUGGACAACGCUAUCCUUUUCGCCACUUGCCUGAUUGGCCAUUUCUCUGUAUUCCUGUCUCAGUCAGGUCCUGUCCAUCGCAGACAGACCGCACGACGAGAUGUACAGUUUUAUCCGAAAACCAUUUUUAUUACCGGCAUAGACACCCUGCACGGCUUGGCCCUAGCACGAUGUUUCUACUACAAGGGCCAUCGGGUGGUGGGUGCCGACAUCACAGAUCUCCCGCUCGCAUCGGGCGAAGGCAUGUCGAAAACUCUGGCGACUUUCUACCGCAUCCCAAGGUCGCACUAUGUCUCUCGUCUGCUCGACAUCAUCCAGAGGGAGAAAGUGGAUGUCUGGAUCCCUUGUUCCUCGCGGGCGAGUGUCUUGGAAGACGCGAUGGCCAAGCAAGCAAUUGAAAGUCGAACCUCGUGUAAAUGUAUUCAUCUAGACACAGAAUUGGCGAAUCAAUUCAGCGAAACAGAGCCCUUCGUUCAGUAUCUAGUCGAAAAGGAGCUGCCGGUGGUGGAAAACCACCAAGUACUGUCGCGUGACUCGGUGCACAAAAUUUUGCAUCGGUCGCCGAGCAAGGCCUACCAUAUGCGCCGACCAGGUACCGGCACGGGCGACAAUAAAGUUGUCAGUUUGCCGAAGAGGACUCUAAGCUUGACUUAUGCUGAAGUCAGCGAGAUCCAGAUCUCAAAGGAUCGGCCCUGGGUAUUGCAGCAACAAGCUCGUCUGGGGGAGUUCUUCGCCGAAUUGCUACUUGUUUGUGGGCAGGUUAAAGCGAUUAAAAUCCGCCCUGCCGACAACCAACCUUGGGGCCAUUCCCGCCUAGAUGAAGGGCUCGCAAUAGCGAUUCACCGGCUUGUGGGCCGAUUCGCAUUGAAAGGCGGCCACCGGAUGACAGGCCAUCUAUGCCUGCGGGUAAUGGUUGACGAAGAGUUUGAGGCAAACAAUGUGCGGUAUGCAACUCAUAUCGCUGGCUGCACUCAAGGCGCCAGUGCGGUCGAGCAUCUCCUACAAAACCCAUCCUCCUCGUUAAUCAAUGGGUAUUUGGCCGUACUUUCAUCACAGCCCAAUGACACAUCUGCGGACUUGGAGAGAUCGCGGAUACAGGCUAGAGCAAGCAUGCUGGCGACCCCGCCUCGCCAAUUCAGUUUCUAUGAGACGCUUAAGCGGAGCGAUGUUCGGAGAAUCCUCCCGUCAUUCUACACUGUUGCCCAACAAUUCGACAAUAUCAUCACCCAAGCCAGCGAUCUCUUAUUAUUUUGGAAGGACCCUCGAUUCUCGGUCCUCGAUCCACUGCCAUGGUGGUGGAAUGCGCACGUCUACCAACCAUUGAAAGAACUGGAAUUAUUGCUGAGCAGGAAGUAUAGCAAGAGAUAUUAG